CUUUGACAAUAGGUAUUAAGCUGCUACAUUGAAUUCUCUUGCUUCUCUCCCCUUUCUCCACCUAAAAAUAAAAUUAAAUUUAGAAGGUCCUCUUUGAUUUGAACUCUGUUUUCUCAUCUCAUGGGGAAUCCGAAGCAUCGAGUUAAGAAGGAAAUAAUCGAGAACCAUGGGUCGCAACCACCUUCUACGGCCACGAUGCCUAUGUCCGUUAUCGAUCUCAGCAGCAGCGACUCCGAUUCGGACUCCGAGGACGGCAGGCCCAGGAAGAAGCAAAAGAGUGCGGAGACGUCGGCCGUCGCGUUGCCAUUGGGGUUCUUAGAUCCUCUGCACGAGCCCGUGGAGCCGCCUCUCCUCUUGCCGCCUCCAGUUCCGGCGGAGACCAGUAGCGGUCGUGCUGUGCCGACCUGCAUUGUGGAAACUAGCUCCAAGCAGUUUUGGAAAGCUGGGGAUUACGAAGGGGCACCUCGUGGUGAUUGGGUAUCAUCAUCAGGUGGAAUGGAUCAUGUCAGAGUUCAUCCUAAGUUCUUGCAUUCUAAUGCAACCAGUCAUAAGUGGGUUCUUGGAGCUUUUGCAGAGCUUUUGGACAACUCAUUGGAUGAGGUCAUUAAUGGAGCAACAUAUGUGAACAUAGACAUGGUCAAGAGCAGGAAAGAUGGUAGUAGAAUGUUGAUGAUUGAAGAUAAUGGUGGUGGAAUGGACCCAGAUAAAAUUCGGCAAUGUAUGUCUCUUGGAUAUUCUGCAAAAAGCAAAAUAGCAGAUACAAUCGGGCAGUAUGGUAAUGGAUUUAAGACAAGUACGAUGAGGCUUGGAGCUGAUGUUAUUGUUUUUUCACGCUGUCCUGGGAAUUCUGGGAAGAGCCCUACCCAGAGUAUAGGACUGCUGUCCUACACCUUUUUGCGUAGCACUGGGAUGGAAGAUAUUGUUGUUCCCAUGCUUGAUUAUGAAAAUAAUGAGAAAGAAUGGAGUCAAAUAAUCCGGUCGUCUGUUGAAGACUGGAACAGAAAUAUUGAAACUAUAGUUAGGUGGUCCCCGUUCUCAAGUGAAGCUGAUCUUCUUAGACAGUUCAAUCAGAUGAAAGAUCAUGGUACAAGAAUUGUGAUAUACAAUCUAUGGGAAGAUGACCAAGGUCUCCUGGAAUUAGAUUUUGAUGCUGAUCCACGUGAUAUCCAAAUAAGGGGUGUCAAUCGAGAUGAUAAAAGCAUACAGAUGGCAAAACAAUAUCCUAACUCUCGGCAUUUUUUGACUUAUCGACAUUCGUUAAGGAGUUAUGCGUCAAUUCUCUACCUUAGAGUUCCACCCAGCUUUCGAAUUAUUCUUCGUGGUAAAGAUGUUGAGCAUCACAACAUAGUAAAUGAUAUGAUGAUGACCCAAGAAGUCACAUAUCGCCCUCAAACUGGUGCAGAUGGGGUCCCAAAGGAUUCUAAUAUGGUUGCUGUUGUAACUAUUGGGUUUGUGAAGGAUGCAAAAGCUCACAUUGAUGUUCAAGGAUUUAAUGUUUAUCACAAAAAUCGACUUAUCAAGCCAUUUUGGAGGCUUUGGAAUCCCGCUGGAAGUGAUGGUCGUGGAGUCAUAGGUGUUUUGGAGGCGAAUUUUGUUGAACCAGCACAUGAUAAGCAGGGGUUUGAGCGCACCACUGUUCUUGCAAGACUUGAGGCAAAAUUAGUUCAAAUGCAAAAGACAUAUUGGACACAAAAUUGUCACAAAAUUGGCUAUUCUAUAAGGUACAAAAAGAAAGCUGUUCAAGAAAGAGAAGAUUACUCUGCCACUCCAGCUCCCCAACAUAAAAAUAAGAGUGCUGCAAAGUCUGACAAGAGUCAUGAUACUAGGCAUCUCAAUGGAAAGCAGAGUGCUGGAACUAGACUAUCUGGAAGAACACAUGUAGAGUCAUCGGUGCCUAUUGAAGAUGACAGUGAUGAUGAUGAUGUGCAAGUUAGUGUGGAAAAGAAUACAGCAAAUGGUUUUUCUCCAAAGUCAACUCCUAGCAAAAAUAGUGGAAAAGCUACUGGUAAAACAAUGCAAUCGCCUCCAGGAUUUACAUAUGGAGAAGCUAACAAAGAUGGGUCACCUGGGAGACAAAAUUAUGUCACAAGAAAUUCAGAAUUCAAGCGAGAUAUUGGUAAUGUGAGUGGAGGUUCGCAUUCGUCAGUUUCUUUAUUGGAGUCCAUAAAUCAGUUGAAAAAGGAGAACUGUGAACUAAAAGAAAGACUGAAAAGGAAAGAGGAAGAUAUUUUAGGUGAUUUGCUGAAUGAUUUACAGAAUGAAAGAGAGAGAUGUGAAUCAGUUGAAGCUCAGGUGGAGGAGUUGAAACAAAAAAUUGAGGAACUGAACAAGGAUCAAGAAAGGUUGAUAGACAUAUUUUCUGAGGAGCGGCAACGACGUGACAUGGAAGAGGAGAAUCUGAGAAAGAAGUUGAAGGAUGCCUCAAAUACUGUCCAAGAGCUCCUUGAUAAGAUAAUGAUGUUAGAAAGAAAGUCAAAGUCUAGUAAUGGGGGGUUGGGUGUAGCUGAAAUCUAGUUUAUAUUUGAUGUGGUAGCUAGCCUCAAUCAUCAUCCCAUCUGUGUUGUAUAUGCACGCACUAAUGCACCAAUGUAGUAGGGAUAGGGUGCAAAUUACUUUUUAUGUAUGUUGUAUGGGGAUAAUAGUAGUGCUUCGCAUUUGAUUGACCCAACCCUAUCCUUACCCUAAAUGCAAUGUUACAUUGUUAA